CGCCAAGUUUAACUCCCUUCUCCCUGUUCUUCAAGUUUUAACUCCCAUAAAUAAAUAACAGAACCUCGGCUUCAUCUCUGAUCUUAGAGGCUUCAGCCAUCUUAUCGAUAAAUCUCAAGGAUUUCUGAUAACUGGCUCAUCAUCAACAAUUGAUCCCUUGCUGAGGGAAAAAGAAAACAUAGAAUUGGUUUCGGAAAUCCGGUCACGGGGCAAAUGAGGCGGACAGAUAGUCGCAGCGACGGAGAGUUUGAAGCAGCGAUCGCAGCAGCAGCUUACGCCAUCACCUCUCUAGACGAAAGAGAAGGCUCAACGAAACAGAGAGGGUCUGUAAAAUUUUCUGGAGACCACUUCGGAAAUGAAGAUGACAGGAAAAAGCUGAGCAGUUUCAGCGGAUCUUUCAAACGAUGGUUUACCGAUCAAGCAGCACGAGAAGAUGGAAAACCAGGAGGCCAGCAUGGACGUGCAUGCGUGCAAACAAAACGUUUUCCUAAGAAUUGAAGACCAUGCGUAUAAGCACUCUCGGGUGACAGUUUCAUAUGGAAAUAAGCAAUGUGCUAAUGGAUACUCCACUGAUAAGUAUCUAAACGACACAGGCAGUAAGAGAGCUGGCAGUAGAAAAGAAAUGACGCCAGGCUCCCCAAAAGCUUCGUCUGUAGAGAGAUUUCCGACUUCAUCAUUUGGCAAUAGAACUCAGGAUGGGUACCCGGUGAUGAAAAGUAAAGCGGAAGAAAAGGCCGAUGCUUGGGAGAGUAAAAGGAUGAUUAAGAUAAAAGAUCGGUAUGAUAAGAUGAUGUCCGUGAUUAAGGAGUGGGAGAAUGAGAAGAAGGAAAAAGCCAAAAACCGCUUGGAGAAGAAACAGAUCAAAUCAGAAGAGAAACGGGUGAGAGCCUUGCAGAAAUAUCAAGAUGAGAUAUCAAGAAUUGAGAAGGUUGCAGGCAAAGCAAGAGAACUAGCAGAAGAGAGAAAAAGAAGUGACGAAGCAAAAGCAAGGGCGAAGGCAGAAAAGAUAAGGUCAACAGGAAAGACUCCACGUACUUGUUGUUGAACCACCAAUUAUACAGAAGAUACAACCGUUCUUUUCCCAAGAGUAAUACUUGAAACUGUAUUUAAGUGCAAGUUUAUUGCCCAUAGUAAGUCAUCCUCAAUAUAAGAUUUGAGCCUUGUACUUGACAAGCCAAUGAGCCAUGUAU